AUGAACCCCGCAUUCACCAACCUCGCUCUCUCCCUCGGCGCCAUGCAGGUGACCAAGCGGUUGCCCAUGGAUGACCCGGUCUUUAUCAACUACCUCCGUCUCGCCUACGUCUCGGCCCAGCUGCUGGUCUUCGGCAUGUACUUCUACAUCACCACCGUGAUCCGCAAGAAGAAUGACCUGACGGUGAUUAAGUACGUCAGUCCCAAGUCGCCCAUGGCUCCGGAUGCGAAGGAUGAACUGGUCACAACUACGGUCAAAGAUUACGAUCUUGCGCAGACCAGUUCGGCAAUGAAGGGAAUGUUCGUCGGUAUCGCUAUGAUGGCCGGAAUGCAUCUCUUCCUAAAGUACAGCGCCCCGCUCUUCCUGCAAUCGAUAAUGGCCAUCAAGUCCGCCCUCGAGUCCAACAUGGCUGCCCUUCACCUCUUCGGCAAACCCGCGGAAGGCGCCCUCGCACGUCCCUUCAAGGCGGCCCCAGGCCUGAUGGACCAGUUCAUGGGAGGUGGGGGUGCUGCCCAGACCGACGCUGCGUCGAUCAAGUCUGCCGAGAAGGUGACUGGCAAGAAGACGCAGUAG